AUGGACCCCGACCCGGGAGCGGAACUGGCCGGCCCGGGGGAUGCGAGCGCACAGGGGCCGCCCCUGCCCCGCCGCCGCAGCUCCCUACGCCGCCUGCUCAGCCGCUUCCUGCUGGCUCUGGGCAGCCGCGCCCGCCCGGGGGCUUCGCCGCUCCGGCCCGGAUCCUGCAACGGCGAAGGCGAAGGGGGCUUUGCCCACGCCCGGGUCCCGGCUCCGUCCGCGCCCGGGAGCCCCGGGGAGGAGCGCCAGCCCAGACCCCAGCCCCAGCUCCCCGCUGGCGACGGGGCGCGGCCCCCAGGCGCGCAGGGGCUGAAGAACCACGGCAACACCUGUUUCAUGAACGCCGUGGUGCAGUGCCUCAGCAACACCGACCUGCUGGCCGAGUUCCUGGCGCUGGGACGCUACCGGGCAGCGCCGGGCCGCGCCGAGGUCACCGAGCAGCUGGCGGCGCUGGUGCGCGCGCUCUGGACGCGCGAAUACACGCCCCAACUUUCCGCCGAGUUCAAGAAUGCUGUUUCCAAGUAUGGGUCUCAGUUCCAAGGCAAUUCCCAACACGACGCCCUGGAGUUCCUCCUCUGGCUGCUGGACCGUGUGCAUGAGGACUUGGAUGGCUCUUCCCAAAGAGGAGUGUCUGACAAGCUUCAGCCUGAAACCAGUAAACACUCUGAGAACCUGUCAUCAACUGCUCAGCUUCCUCUAGGUCAAAGCUUUGUGCAAAGCCACUUUCAAGCACAAUAUAGAUCUUCCUUGACCUGCCCCCACUGCCUGAAACAGAGCAACACCUUCGACCCUUUCCUGUGUGUGUCACUACCCAUCCCCUUACGCCAGACCAGAUUCUUGAGCGUCACCUUGGCCUUCCCAUCUAAGAGCCAGCGGUUCCUGCGGGUUGGCCUGGCUGUGCCGAUCCUUAGCACGGUGGCAGCCUUGAGGAAGAUGGUUGCAGACGAAGGCAACGUCCCUGCAGACGAGGUGAUCUUGGUUGAACUGCAUCCCAGUGGAUUCCAUCGGUCCUUCUUUGAUGACGAUGACUUGAACAGCAUUGCAGAGGGAGAUAACGUGUAUGCUUUCCACUGUCCUUCGUCACCUGGCCAGGGGAGACGCUCAGUUCAUCCGUCGGGUCUGCCGGUCUCCCCCCGCUUGGCAGCCCGUGAAGGUCAGCGAGGCAACAAGGUGCUAAUCCUCUGUUGUAACGUGGUGGGGUCAGGGCAGCAGGCUAGCAGGUUUGGGCCACCUUUCCUGGUAAGGGAAGACAGAGGCAUUUCCUGGCCCCAGCUCCAGCAGUGUAUUCUCAGUAAAGUCUGCUAUCUCAUGAAGAGGGAGGCCCCCCUGCAGAACCUGGGGGUGCCGUUCUCCAUCCGGGUUGUGGGGCUCUCCCUGGCCUGCAGUUACUUAUCGCCGCAGGACGGUCGGCCCCUCUGUCACUGGGUAGUUGACAGGGCUCUGCACCUUAGGAGGCCGGGCGGCCCCCCACACGUGAAGCUGGCGGUGGAAUGGGAUAGCUGUGCUAAGGAGCGCCUGUUUGGGAGCCUCCAGGAGGAGCGGGUCCAGGAUGCGGAGAGUGUGUGGCAGCAGCAGCAGGCACACCAGCAGCCCAGCUGCACCCUGGAUGAGUGUUUCCAGUUCUACACCAAGGAGGAGCAGGUCUGCCCUGGGCACAUACCCCAGUGGGAAGGGGGCUGGCUGCUUUGCAGUGGGUUGGCCGUCUGCCAGGGGGCUUCAGGGUCCUGGUGGCUUCCUUUCCAGCUGACCCAGGAUGAUGCGUGGAAGUGUCCCCACUGCAAAGUCCUCCAGCAGGGGACAGUGAAGCUGAGUCUGUGGACCCUACCCGACAUCCUCAUCAUCCACCUCAAAAGGUUCUGCCAGGUCGGGGAGAGAAGAAACAAGCUCUCCACGCUGGUGAAGUUUCCGCUUUCUGGCCUCAACAUGGCCCCCCAUGUGGCGCCAAGAAGCACUGGCCCCCAGCCCGGCUCAGGCCCCUGGCCUUCCUGGAAGCAGCCAACCUGCCUGCCCAAUGGCUACCCACUGGACUUCCUGUACGACUUGUACGCUGUCUGCAACCACCACGGCAGUCUCCAAGGUGGGCAUUACACAGCCUACUGCCGGAACUCCCUGGAUGGUCGGUGGUACAGUUAUGACGACAGCACAGUGGAACCGCUUCGAGAGGAUGAGGUCAAUACCCGAGGGGCUUACAUUCUAUUUUAUCAGAAACGAGACAGCAUCCCUUCCUGGUCGGCCAGCAGCUCCAUGAGAGGUUCCGUCAGCUCCUCCCUAUCUGAUCACUGGCUCCUGAGGCUUGGGAGCAACAAUGGCAGCACGAGGGGGAGCUUGCUGUCCUGGAGCUCCGCCCCCUGCCCCUCCCUGCCGCCCAUGCCCGACUCUCCUGUCUUCACCAACAGCCUCGUCCAUCAGGAAAAGGCAGGGUUGGAGUCCGGGCCAUUGGUACGGAGCAUCCAAGGCAGAAGCAUCAGCAUGAAGGCUCCCACCCCUUCCCGAACCAAGCAGGGAGCCUUCAAGACCAUGCCCCUCCGGUGGUCUUUUGGACACAAGGAGAAACCACCCGGUGCAUCCGUGGAGUUGGUGGAGUACCUGGAGUCCAGACGGAGACCUCGAUCCACAAGUCGGUCCAUUGUUCCGCUGCUGACCCGUGCCACAGGUAGGAAAGAGAGGUCACCCACGCCGCGCUCUAACUCCACCCUCUCCACGCAUGAAGAAGACAGUGGACAAGCCAGUGGGGGCGCACAGGUCGGGGUGUCCCACCUCUCGGCCCAUGCCAACCACUGUCCGGUCCCUGGAAACUCAGACGCUCUAAACGCAGCAAGAAAACUACAGGAAAACAUAAGUCAGGAUAUCAGGCUUCCCAAAAAGUUUGACCUGCCCCUCACUGUGACGCCCUCAGCUGAGAGUGAGAGACCAGCCCGACCCGAGGGCCAGAGGAGCGGGAACUGUAGGGCCAGCAGCCAUCUGGGAAGCAAUAGCAGUGUAACCUCCCCCAAGGAGGUGCCCAAUGCUGUGGGGUUAUAUAGAAAUAGCAAGGACAGUCGCCAGAACACGGUAGCCAAGGUAAGGGCCGAUGUGGACGAAAGGGACUCAGAGACAGACAGAUACCAUCAGGGCACGCUCUCCCUCCUGAGGUCUGUGUUUCGGAAGAAGGAGAACAAAAGGAAGAGCGACAGGGCCGAAGUUGCCCCGCACGCGUCCUCAGGCACCCUGGUGCGUGGCAGGCUGAGCCCAGCUUCCGAGGCGCAAACUCGAGGCCCGUCCCCUUCCCUGGGGAUUAGGGAGAGCCUGGCCAGGGGCCCGGCCAGCUACCUGGAGAGGGACCUCUGCUCGGCGCCCAGCUCUCUCCCGCUUCCUCGCAAGGCCAGCAGGCCCACGAAGGGCAGUGCACUUGGCACUUCCCAAAGGAGUGUCCCGGGGGAACAGACUUCCUACAGCACCUUGCAAAGGGUGAAAUACCACACUCUUUCCUUAGGCCGGAAGAAGAACUUACCGGAAUCCAGCUUUUGAAGGCCCAUUCCAGUGUUGUGUGAAACUGGCUGGCAUUCUUGCAAUUUUGCACUGAGUAGCUACAAUUGUCAGGGCACACCCAUAGGUAGCCUGUGUUGAGUGGGCUUUUGCUAAGUCAGUUGUCUUGGGUGGGGGCGGGGGGUGGAUUAUUUUUCCCCCUUCUUCAUGUCUAGACUUCCAGCACCCAAUGUCCAAGUAUCUUCCUGUAUUGUUGGGUGCUUUUAUACCGCCAGGCCACUAGAGGGUACUGUUGGGUCAGCAUUACCAUUUCAGGGCAAGAACUGAUCUUUUGUUUAAAUAAUUCAGGACCUGAAUACCUGUACUCCAGAGUGAUUUGGAUGUAGGUAAACCUUUGAGCAUAAUUAAUAAAAAUGUUUAUUAUUUUUGUUGUAUCAAAUAUUGUCAUUGGCAACUCCUUUUAAAAAUCUUUUUUUUAAACAUUGGUUGGACUUAAAAUCUUUUUCUUCCUUUUUUAAUGCUUCUCUGGGAUAAAGCAUUAAAGAGAGAAAAAAUGUAAUAGGGAUUUUAAGGCAAAAUUCUAGGAGAGAGAUGGGAAAGAUGAAGUUUUAAAAUAUUUAAUAUAUAAUAAAUUAAUUGUGUUAAAGUUUUUUCAAGGUAUUUUAAAAAGAUAACUAUUUUGGUACUAUGAACAAAAGGAAGUUCUUUUUUUUUAGUUAUGAGAUCUAU